CCCGGGGUCUAUGUCGUCGCCAUCUCGAUAGAAGGCCGCAAUGGCAAGUUCCUGAGCGGCAACGAACUCAAGACACUCUACCUUGACAUGCAGAAAUACCUCGAGUGCUACGAUCGGGUCCAGAAAGCACGAACGGAGGGUGUAGCACCGAGUGCGGACGCCUUGGAUGAGAUUCGUACGGUCGACACAAUGUACGGAGAAGCAGCUGAUCCCGAGAUAAGCAAAUUUGUCCAGGGCGCGAGUGGGAUUGCCAAAGGCUCCAGAGACCAUGCUUUGAUGCUGGCGGACUCUCUGAGGAAGGCCCAUCUGGCUGCAAUGGAGAAAGACCCGACGGGUAAUACCGUGACAAUCCAAUCGCCAUGCUACGUCGGCUGUUCAGAGAAUCUCUGGGAGCGCAUGAACAUGGAAAACAAGACAGCGCUGAGCCAGGUGAGCAAGCUGUACGGACUGACAUUGAGCCUUCUCGCCAGACGCGGCCUCGAACCCAAACCGCAUUUCCUGACCGCCAUCCGCACCUGGAAGCCAGAUCAGCUUCAAACAGCAGAGGAAUUGGUCAGCAUCAUGGCAGGAGCAUACGUCAGCCAGUUUGGUUUCAACGUGAGAGGAACUGGACAAUCACGCGAACGAAAACCCCACGCGCAAUUCGCCAACGAAGUCUACGUGACACAAACCGAGCCGUACCUGCGGCAGAACCUU